GCCGGCGGUGAUUGACAGCUGGAGGGUGUGAGGCCUGGUGCCGGGGCACUGGGCUGCACUGUUGCAGAGGUGGUGAGGAACAGGAGCUGCCGCGUUUGACCGGGAAUUGCGGUGGCAGCACAACAAUGUAUCGGCUUUGUUAUUCAAACCUCGGGCUAUCAACCAAGUCUAUGGCAGAACAUUUUCUAAGAAGAAUGUUUUCGCAGAAGAGGAAUCUGCCAGUUUUAACAUUGUUUACCAAGGAUCCUUGUCCACUUUGUGAAGAAGCAAAAGAGACUUUGGAGCCAUAUAAAUGCAGGUUCGUCCUACAAGAAGUGGAUAUCAGUCUGCCUGAGAAUUCUGUGUGGUUUGACAGGUACAAGUGUGACAUACCUGUCUUUCACUUGAAUGGACAAUUUCUAAUGAUGCACAGAGUCAACUUUAAAAUCCUUGAACAAAGACUAGCUAAACUGGAACAACUGGACCAAUAAAGGAUAGAAAGAGUAAAAGCUCAUCUGAACCAUUUCUUUGCCCCUAUAAGAAAAACAAACCACUGCUUUUUCAGUUGCAUUUUCUAAUGUUUAGAAACUAUUCUCUUUAUGUCAAUGAAAUGCUGCAUUCACUUGGAAUAUAAAUCAAUGUAUUUGACUUUUCCAGAAAAUAAUUCACAAAAAUAUAAAAUGAUUAAUAUUGCAUGAAAGAGGCACUGCAGUGAAGUUGUGUUGCCGGAAUCAACGUGCCAUUCAUUAAAUGAUUUACUGCAGUUAAGAUAAUAACCUACUUGAGUUGUUAUUCAUUUUCUUUGUGUGUGACAGUUCUAACUUUCUCAACCACUUUCCAAAG